AUGUCUAAUGUUAUUGAACCAAAAUCAAAUUUCAAUCAGACUCUACCACUGGUGGAUCGAGAUGCACCGGUGAAAGCGUUCUUGUGCGUGACCCCAUGUGUUAUUUUUCUCUAUGUCAACGGUGUCAUGAUCUUCACCCUGAGGAAAAAACCUAUUUUUCAUGAAGCUUCCCGCUACAUUCUGUUUCGUCACAUGCUUUGGCUUGAUACGCUCCAUCUUUUUAUGAGUUCGCUGUUGUUUGUAUCUGCUGUAAGUAGGAUUACUAUAAUGAAAAAUAUCUGUCUCACUCUUCUUGCGGCUGCACAAGCUCUCUAUCAGGUUGCCUUGCUAAAUCUGGCUUUAAUGUCACUGGAGAGGUAUGUGGCUAUCUGUGUCCCACUCAGACAUGCAGAAAUCACCAGUUACAGAAGAACUAACAUGGCCAUCGGUGUUGUUUGGACGAUGGGUUUGAUUCAGUGCUUGUCUGAGUUGAUUAUCUUCUAUUGCAUUGAUACCACAAACACAGUGAUGCCUUUGUUCUGCUCAAGAACUACUCUUUUCAGACUACAAAUCUAUAAGAAUCUUGAUUUAGCUUUCACUUGUGUGUUUUUUGUGUUAGUGUGUUUUGUUAUAAUUUUUACUUAUGUCUCUAUAGCAGCCGUGGCUAAAUCAGCCUCCUGUGAUAAAACGUCAGCCAAAAAAGCCAUUAGCACUGUUCUGCUGCAUCUAAUACAACUGGGACUCUGUGCUGCAUCCAUUUUAAUUGGAGUGAUCCAAGAUGCAAUAUAUUUGUAUAUUGACUAUUUGACAUUGUUACAUAUAAUGUAUUUUUGCUUUUUAGUGUUUAUGAUUUUACCAAGAUGUCUAAGUUCCCUCAUAUAUGGCCUGAGAGACCAGACCUUUUGCUCUUUAUUUAAAUACUACAUCACAUUUGGUCUCAAAAGGACCAAGAUGAUUCACAAAUCUCCCAGUUUCAGCUCCUUAUUUCCCUGGUUAGGAGAACCAUCUGAACUGCUGUUGAUGACUGGCUACAAUGCAGUAGGGAGAAUUGGAAUGCUGCCCAUGUACACCUUCAACGAGCAGUUUGUCACAUUAGAGCACAGGCUGACCGUCAUCACUGCCAGUGGUCUGAGAAGGGAGGGGGACCAGGAGGAGGCCUCCGAAGAGAGCACCUCUCCCAUCAUGGUGGAAGGCGAGGAGGCAUGUAUCGUGUUCAGGAAACCUUGA